GGAGGAGGAGAAGCGUCCUAAAAAGAUGGUCAAAGUAGAACAAGUCACUAAAAAGGCAUUCGGUGCAGAAGGUACUACUGUCUGGGUUGGUCAAAUUAAUUUUGACGCUACAGCUGAUGAUAUUCGUGAGCACUUUAGUUCAUGUGGUGAAAUCUCUAGUGUUAGACUUCGUACACAUCCUGAAACAGGCAAAUCUCGUGGUUUUGCUCAUAUUGAUUUUGCUAAUGAAUCUGGUAAAAAUGCAGCAAUGGAGCUUGAUGGUACUGAAUUUAUGGGUCGUACUAUCAAGGUUGAUAAUGCCACCCCUGCUACCCCUCGUGGUAAAGAUACUAAUUUUGGUCCUAAAACAAAUACUGUUUUUGUCGCUAACUUGGCCCAUAGUCUUGAUGAAGAUGGUGUUCGUCAAGCUUUUGAAAAAUUCGGUACCAUUGUAGGUGAUGUUCGUUUGCCCUUUAACAGAGAAACAGGUAAAAUUCGUGGUAUUGGCUAUAUUGAAUUUGAAACCGAAGAUCAAGCUGAGGCUGCCGUCAAGGGUAUGAAUGGUGUGAGCAUCGAGGGUCGCCCUGUUCGUACUGAUUUUAGUGGGGGUGAUGACUCUGAAAGAGUUCGUAGCCGUCCUGCUCGUGGUGGCUUUGGCGGUCGCGGUCGUGGUGGUCGUGGCGGUUUUGGUGGCCGUGGUGGUCGUGGUGGUCGUGGUGGCCGUGGUGGCCGUGGUCAAGCCCGUGGCGGUUUUGGCGGUCGUGGUGGCCGUGGUCGCGGACGUGGUGGAUUCUAAAAAAAAACACACACACACAAAAAAGAAAAAAAAAACAAUAUCUUAUAUAAAUACCAACAAAUCUUGUACAUAUAAAUUUUUUAGAAUAUUAUUUUAUG